AUGUCUAAUACUACACCCCCUAAUCCCAAUAAUCCUAAUAACACCCAUACAAUCUCCAACUUGUCUGCUGGGUUGAAGUCUGUAUCGCUCACAGACCAACAGCAAAAUGAGGUGAAUCUCAAUCUCUUACAGCAGCAAUUACACAACGAAGCAACCACGCUGCAGCAAUCCAGAAUCACCCACUUCUUCCAAAACCAACCCACCGAAGGCUACACAUUGUUUUCACACAGAUCUGCUCCUAACGGUUUCAAGGUAGCUAUCAUAUUGUCGGAGUUGAACUUGCCGUUCAAUACGAUCUUUUUGGACUUCAACAACGGCGAGCAAAGAGCUCCUGAGUUUGUAACUAUAAAUCCUAAUGCCAGAGUACCUGCUCUCAUCGAUCAUUUCAAUGAAAACACAUCCAUAUGGGAAUCCGGUGCAAUAAUCUUGUACUUGGUCUCAAAGUUCUUGAAAGAAAACGGAGAAUGUCCCUUGUGGUCCGACAACUUGAUUGAACAGUCUCAGAUCUCGUCGUGGUUAUUCUUUCAGACUUCCGGACAUGCUCCUAUGAUUGGCCAAGCUUUGCAUUUCAGAUACUUUCACUCGUGUCCCGUGCCUAGUGCUGUUGAAAGAUACACCGACGAAGUGCGUAGAGUUUAUGGGGUGAUUGAGAUGGCUCUUGCUGAAAGGAGAGAGGCAUUGAUCAUGGAUUUAGACGUAGAAAACGCUGCUGCCUACAGCGCUGGUACCACACCAUUAUCGCAGUCAAGGUACUUUGACUAUCCCGUGUGGCUUGUGGGAGACCGUGCCACUGUGGCAGACUUGUCGUUUGUGCCAUGGAAUAAUGUGGUGGAUAGAAUUGGUAUCAACUUGAAGGUGGAGUUCCCUGAAGUCUACAAGUGGACGAAGUACAUGAUGAGAAGACCAGCCGUUAUCCGGGCCUUACGCGGAGACUAA